AUGACCUCAUGCGUUCCGAAAUCCUCCCUGGAGAACAUCGGCGACGAUCGGCAAUGGGGGCUCGAAGCUGCACAGCGUCAGCCGCAAAUCCCAAUUCAAGGCACCAUCCUUUCAUCUUUUGAAUUAACUGGGGUAUAUGCGCCAUGGUUCUUCCAAGGCCGUGUUGGAGAGAGUGAAGCCUACAAAAUUGCCGAUGUUAGAAAGCAGUAA